UUUUUUUUACUACUAACCUGAGAAGUAGUCAUUAUUCAAUCUAUUUUUCUGGGAAAAAAUUGAAUUUCUCUCCCUAGGUUAAUAAUGAAAAUAAUGAAAAAAAACCUAGGUCAAUAAUGAAAAUGACGUCAUGGCACAAGGAUAUUGUCAUAACAUUACAGGUUUCUAUUGGUUUAAUUUCAACUUCAAACUGUAAAUUUUUUAAAAAACAGAUUCCUGUAUGUAUAUUAUAGGAAAUUACCUUAAACUGUUGAUAGAGGGCAGUAUUUCCGAUAAGAAAAAAUAAUUUGAGCACAGAUUUCAAAACUAUUUUUUAUUUCUACUAGUAGUAGUAAAAAAAAUUCUAUAUAUUCCUCGGUAGAGAAAGUCAUUAUAUACCUUACGCAUUAUAAACCUCGGCGCUUCGCGCCUCGGUUUAUAAAAGCGCUCGGUAUAUAAUGACCAACUUCUCUACCUAGGUAUAUAUAUAUACCUAGAUUUUGUUAAUAGUACAUUAUAAUGUACUAUUAACAAAAUCUACCCCACCUUAUAAUGAAGUUAUACCUAAACAUAGUUGAAGAACUAUUAUUUUCAUGAGAAUUAGUAGAUUUAAUACAAACAAUAUAUUUUCGUCUGUUUGACUUUGGUUUGAAAAUUCUUUUUACCUGUUAUCAUUAGUUAAGUUUAAGUAUCUCCUCAAAUUCUUCUGACAAUGUUCCUAGAAAUUUUCUAGCCAUAACCAGGUUUGAAUUAUCUUAUAAUUAGAGAAAUAAUAUAGUUAUUGAUGUAUAAAUUGAAUCAUCCUCUAUUACAUAUUAUACAAUUCUCGAACCGGUCCUGCUUGUUUCGUCGUUCGCCUUUCAUUACAUUACAAAUUAUUAUAUCAAAGGCAUGUUUAAAAGCAUUUAAACAAUAUCCAGAAUAGUUUCGGUGCCAAUUUCGAAUUUGAUGAUCUCUUUGGACAACUUCGCAGAGAAGUUUGUUGUUUGUUUUGCGUUGCAUACACGGUCCUUGUCUAAAAUUAAGAGAGUUUAAUUUAGUUAGAGUGAGUUUGUGGGGCGCCUCUUCAAGACAUCAUAGACUGUCUAAGUUUAUAUUGAGAUCUUACUGUGUGUGUGUGUGUGUGCGGACGAAUAACGAUUUUGAGUUCUUCAAUAAACAGUGUGUUUUAUAAUGUCUAAUUUCCGGAAAACCAUGGGCACCAUCGUGAGUUACAUUUUACCAACAAAUACUGGACGUACUGACGAUCCCAACCCCGUUACCACUCUUACUUCAAGGGAUAGAUAUUUGGUUAAGACUUCUUGGGCUAAGCUUAUGAAAAAUCCUACGGAUUCUGGAGUAGCAUUAUUGUCACUGUUUUUCCAAAAAUAUCCAGAGUAUGUUGAGUUGUUUCCUUUCAAAGACAUACCUGCGUCUGAAUUUAGUUCCAACACUAGAUUUAGGGCGCACGCUAAUAGUGUAAUCUAUGCAUUAUCGUCUGUGGUAGAUGCCCUUAAUGACACUGAUUUGCUUAUCCAGAUUUUAACCAAAACUGGUUCUACUCAUGUUUCUAGGAAUGUUACACCUGAUGGUUUCAAUCACUUAAAGGAAUCCGCAAUCGAACUAUUCUCGGCUUUAUUCAAAAAUGACGAAGUUGAAGCUUGGAAAAAGACGCUGAACGUUGCCUUUUCGGUAAUCCUUAAAGGGCUGGAAAAUGAACAAAAUACAAAGGCUUGAAUAUGGAAGCCUUCUAGAUAAGAGUAAAUGUUAAGUACUUAUACAUACCUUAAGAUUUUUAUUGUCAUAAGUAGUAAAGUAGGUAUUUUACCUAAUUGUUUUAAUAAUUGACUUUUUGUAUAUAAUUAUAUAGUUUAACAUUGAAUGUAAUAAUUUGUCUUAUGAGUUUAAAUAAAAAUGU